AUGACGGACUCGUAUGCUUCCUCGCGCAAUGGCGACGUCCCCACGAACGGCACGCCCGAUGGCGUCGCCAGCCCGGCCCCUGCUGUUAUCCGCAAAAAGCUGACGGGCUACGUUGGAUUCGCCAACCUGCCGAACCAGGUCCACAGGAAGAGCGUGCGGAAGGGCUUCCAGUUCACCGCCAUGGUCGUCGGCGAGUCGGGCUUGGGCAAGUCGACGUUGAUCAACACCCUCUUCAACACGACCCUUUACCCUCCCAAGGAGCCUCUGCCGCCCGCGGCGGAGCGUCCCAAGACGGUUGCCAUUGAGAGCAUUGGUGCUGACAUUGAAGAGAACGGUGUUCGCCUGCACCUCACGGUGGUUGACACGCCCGGGUUUGGCGACUUCGUGAACAACGACGAGAGCUGGAGGCCUAUCGUCGAAAACAUCGAAUCCCGGUUCGACUCGUACCUCGAGCAGGAGAACCGCGUCAACCGCCAGAAGAUUGUUGAUAACCGCGUACACGCGUGUCUUUACUUCAUUCAGCCCACUGGACACUCGCUCAAACAACUCGACAUCGAGUUCAUGCGCCGGCUGCACACGAAGGUCAACCUAAUUCCCGUCAUUGCCAAGGCGGACACUAUGACCGAGGAGGAAACCGCGGACUUCAAAGCUCGCAUUCUUUCGGACAUUGCCUACCAUAACAUCCACAUUUUCCAGGCGCCGACGUAUGAGAACGAAGACGAGGAGACUAUCAUGGAGGCCGAGGAGAUCGCCAGCAAGAUCCCCUUCGCUGUCGUGGGCUCCGACCAGCUCGUCAAGACGCCUGAUGGCCGCGAGGUCCGCGGUCGCGCCUACCCCUGGGGUGUCGUUGAGGUCGACAACGAGGAGCACUGCGACUUCGUGAAGCUGCGCCAAAUGCUUGAGCUCCGCGAGUACACCAACGACGUGCUCUACGAGAACUGGCGCACGGAGAAGCUCUUGAGCAUGGGUGUUGCUCAGGACUCUUCUGUGUUCAAGGAGGUCAACCCUGCUGCACGUCUCCAGGAGGAGCGUGUUCUUCACGAGGCCAAACUCGCCAAGAUGGAGGCCGAGAUGAAGAUGGUGUUCCAGCAGAAGGUGCAGGAGAAGGAGGCGAAAUUGAAGCAGUCCGAGGAGGAGCUCUACGCGCGCCACAAGGAGAUGAAGGACGCCCUCGAGAGGCAGCGUGCCGAUCUGGAGGAGAAGAAGCGCCGCAUCGAGAGCGGUCGUCCUCUUACUCCCGAAAAGGGCUCCAGCAAGGUCCGCAAGGGCUUCUUGCGCGCAUAA